AUGAUCUAUUGCGUAUGUAACAUUGCGCAAAACAUUAUUACAACACCUGGGCAGUACAGUAGAUUAUUAUGGUGGGGAAUGAGAUUCUUGCCGGAACGUUUUUCGCCGAAAUUCGAUCCAGUUAAGAUGUUUUCUCGCGAGGAAGUCAAGGAUGCUAUCCGACAAAGAAGAGCAGCAAAAAAGAGCAAAUUGAAGCAAGAAUUCCCCAUCUCGUCUCCUGCUCACCCGGAACACGUACCAAACGCCGUGCAAUCCAAAAUGAAAAAUAAGUGGAGGGAUGCCUACUUGAAAACCAGGAUGAAUGACGCUGACAAAACCAAGACCGAUGCCUGUCGGGCGGUCUACAAACAAGAAUUCUUUCGUAUUGGUCUCAAUUCGGCUUACGAUAUACAAAUACGUGAACUGUUUCGUCAGUGGAGCAGUGAAAUUCGUCGAGCUGAUCCAGUACCCGAUAAAUCAAAGAAGAAAGAAGCAUCAACAAAGGCAAGUGUUUACUAG